AUGCCUACAUCUGGAAUGUUCGACGUUUUUGCAGAACCAUCUGCCCAAGCCUUCAGUUUUCGUUUCCAUCGUUCGCCCCCUUCGUUGCCUUCUUCUUUCCAUCCGGUUCCAUUGUUCACCUGUUUCCUUGCCUUCUUCUCUUUUGAUUUGAAAAUCAAUCUCUAUCUAAAAGCUGUGCGCACGGGUAACGCCGCCGUCGGCGUACGUGGCACCGACACCAUCGUUCUCGGCGUCAAAAAGAAGUCCACAGCAAGCUCGGUCCAUCUCUCUCUCUCAAACAAUGUUUUUCUGUGCUUUGUUGAAAAUUUAGGGCAUACUUACUAA